UUAAACUUUGUUGUAAUCAUUUUCUUUGUGAUUUCCAUACUGAUAAAAUGACAAUUCUCUUGUAAUAGCCUAAAUUAAAUGAUGAGCGUAGAUAGUGACAUUUAAGACACGAGUGGCAAUGUUUAUGUACAAUAUUUCUUCCAGGAACCACACGCCAUUGAUUACCAGUAUCUUCAUGAUUCAGUUCAGUCGAGUUUUUUUAAUAUUUAACCAUCGGAUUUGCUGUUUAGUAUCAACCAUCAAAGACUUGAUAAAUAUUAAGAGUGCCGUGUCUGUUUUGUUUGAUUUUCUUAGAUAAUAAUUGUACAUACACAUUUUCGGAAAAAGACUAAUUGAUUCCUUUUUAUUUUCGCCAUUUUCCAUGAACUGAUUAUAGCAAAUUUGAUACACUUUCGCAAAUUCAGGAAUGAAUGUGAAAUAGCCACGCUCGUCAAUGAGCGUUACUAGAUGAUGGUAGUAGGGAUUAGUACGGUCCCUCAAGCAGGUAUACUUAACUACUAUUGUCAGUUCUAUUGUUGAGACUUGAGACUUUUCAGUAAAAGAUUCAAAGUAGUAUUCUUAGCCUCUUCUGUGAUAUUUGGCGAUGUACAUUCUACUAACCAUUCAUCACUUGAAUCCAUAUAUAUCCAUAUUUUUAUAGGAUACAGCCCCUUAAACAUAGACAAAAAUAUAUUAUUCGGUAUAUAUCUACUUGUUCUAGUUUUGGAAUCUCAUCUGAAUUUAUCUGAAUUCUUAUUGCCACUCAUAUAAUUUGCCUUCAGACCUACAGGUGCAUUAGAGUCAAUCGAAUAUGAGUUGACAGAUACUAACUUUUACUAUGUCGUGCUUUGUAUUCCUAACAUACGUAUGCGUUAGGAAUUUUCAGACACUUUCUUAUAGGGUCGUGGGAAAAAGUAGAUUUUGAUUAUAUCGAACGGGACACCUUAUUUCUAUCGUCUAAUUUUUAAUAUUGUUUGACUGUUUAAAGAAGCUCUGUCAUUAUAAGUCUUCUUAGAAUUCGAUAAAUUUAGUCUAACUGAUUAGUUUUUGCAUUUAGAAGUUGCAUCCUUGUAUUUACUUAAAUAUUAUGAAAAUACCGUAAAUAGCUUAUUACCAUAGUUAUCGCCCUGUCAAGAGGUAUCAUUGACAUUAAAAAGUGUCGAUAUUAACACGAUGCAAAAACGUCCAAGCAAAGAACUCAAACCCCUUAAAUUAGUACUUUACGGCCCACCAGCUUCAGGCAAAACUACUUUGGCAGAAAGAAUAUGCCGUCGAUAUGGAGCCCAUUAUAUUUCAGUCAAAACUAUGAUCGAAGAAACUCUAGAAGAAUUAAGAGAAAGCGUCAGAAAGGAGACUCAAAAACUUCAAGGCAAAAUAGAGAAAGAUAGAGAUACUACUACUGAUGAAGAAGAUGAGGAAAAAGUAUCGGUAGAAGAAGACGAAGAAGUCGAAACUAAAGCUGCAAUAGAAGAUUUACAAGAGCAAAUAAAAUAUUUAACUCAUACUAUGCAAAAAAGUGUUAAUAAGAGACUACCAGAUGAAGUUGUGGUGCGUCUUAUGAAGGCAUUUUUGGGGAAAGAUAUUUGUCAGACUCGUGGUUAUGUCUUAGAUGGAUAUCCGAAAACUUUUGACCAAGCAAGAGAACUAUUUGGACAAGUAGCUGAAAUGGAUCAAAGUGAAGCUGCUCCUAAGGUACCUUUGGGCAUUGGAGCUGGAGAGGGAGGUGAACCUGGCGAAGAUCAACAAGUAGGUGAUUUGAUCGGAAAUGCUAGCAUCAACAUAAUGCCUGAUUAUGUGGUGAGUUUAGAGGCUACAGAUGAAUUUCUUUGCGAACGAGUUAUGAAACUUCCUCAAAAAAUGAUUGAAGGGACACAUUACGAUGAAUUCAAUAUGUUGAGAAGAUUAGCAGAAUUCAAUGAGUACAAUUCACAAGAUAACACAGUCUUAACAUUUUUCGAUGAAGCCGAAAUUCAUCCAAUCGUAGUUAAAAUUUUUGACGAAGAGACCGGUAAACCAUUAGACACAGAUUGUAUUUUUGAUUGCGUUUAUGAAAUAUUUGGGGAGCCUAUCCCAGGAUUUGGGUUAACUGCCGAAGAAGAAGCAGAGAUAAGAAAACUAGAGCUAGAGCAAAAAAAAUUAUUGGAAGAAGGCGAAAGGCUGGAGAGAGAGCUUUUGGAGAAUAAGGCUAGGAAGGAAUACGAAGAAAAAAUGGAAAGAUGGACUGAAACUUUGGAAAAACUUCAGAUAGAAGAGGAAAAAAUUUUAGCCGCACAAAGCGAACCAUUGAGAUUUUAUUUAAUGAAAUAUAUCUUUCCAACACUAUCUAAGGGUUUGGUUGAAGUGGCUAAAAUAAAACCAGACGAUCCGAUAGAUUUUUUGGCUGAGUAUCUGUUUAAAGAAAAUCCCGAAGGAAAAAUGUUUGAUCCGUCUUACACUCAAGAAGGUGAAAGAAUUUUACAGCAAUAUCAAGAAGAAGUAGAAGAAAUAAUAGAUCAAUCAGAUAGACACAAUGUUAUGGUGUGAUAUUAACACAUUUGUGACAUUUCAAUAAAGUUUUCAAUUUCCAUUGAA